AUGCCAAAGAAAAGUGAUACGGCAAGAAAAUUGGAAGAAGUGGGAAUAGAAAUUGAUGGAGAAGUGGAGAGUGCUGAAGAGGACAACAAAGCAAAAGGCAAGAGUGCUAAAAAAACAGCGUCUGGGAAACGGGGCAAAGUGGCUGCCAGCAAGGAUGGUGAAGACGAGGAUGAGGAUGAUGAACACCCCAGAGGCCGCAGAACGGCCAAUAAAAAAAGAAUGGCCAAGGCAGCGGAAGACGACGAAAACAGUGAUGAUGACAUUCCUCAGAGGAGACGUGCCGGGAACAGGAGAAGAGGAAAAGUGCGAGAGAAUGGAGGAGACCGGGAAGAUGAGAAGCCCGGCAAACGAAACAGGAGAGGUGGUAAAAAGAAGGAUGGUAAAGAAAAAGGAAAAGACAAAGACAAUGACAAAGAUAAAGACAGCGACAAAGAUGAGGAGAAGAAGAAGAAAAAGAACAGUAGUGGUGAUGAUUCCAAAUCGGAUGAAGAGGAGGAGUCCAUGUCUGAAGGUGAAAUGGCCAGACUGAUGGAGGAGGUGGAGGAGAAGAAGAAACUGAUAGCAAACAUCAGAAACAAGCCUUGGAGGAUGAGGAGACGACUCAAAGUCCUCAAAGAGGCUCAGCAGUUUGUGGAUAAAUUUGAGGGUGCUUUGGGCAAAGGGAAAGGCAGGAAGUUAUAUGCCUAUAAAGUGAUGAUGAUGAAGAAAUGGAUCAAGUUUCAAAGAGAUUUUGAAAAUUUUAGGACCUCUUGCAUUCCUUGGGAACGGAAAAUAAAGGAAGUUGAGAGUCACUUUGGCUCUUCGGUUGCGUCAUACUUUAUCUUCCUGCGUUGGAUGUACGGCAUGAACUUGGUCCUCUUCAGCUUGACCUUUGGCCUGGUUGUGAUACCAGAGGUUCUCAUGGGACUUCCAUAUGGAUCCAUUCCACGGAAAACUGUGCCGAGAGCAGAGCAAGACACCGCAAUGGACUACUCUGUUCUCACAGACUUCAACGGUUACUGCAAGUACUCUGUACUUUUCUAUGGCUACUAUAAUAACCAGAGAACUAUUGGCUUCCUGAAGUUCCGGCUCCCUCUGUCCUACCUCAUGGUUGGCAUUGGGACCUUCGGGUAUAGCCUCAUUGUUGUGAUCAGAACGAUGGCUAAAAACGCAGAUGUGGGGGGAGGGGAUGGAGAGGACAAUGAGUUCACCUUUGCCUGGAAGAUGUUCACCAGUUGGGAUUACCUUAUUGGGAAUGCUGAGACAGCCGACAAUAAAUACGCCUCCAUCACCACCAGCUUCAAAGAAUCCAUAGUGGAUGAGCAGGAGAACCAAAAGGAUGAGAAUAUUCAUCUCAGGAGGUUCUUACGGGUCCUUGCCAACUUCCUUAUCACCUGCACUCUGGGAGGAAGUGGUUAUCUCAUCUACUUUGUGGUCAAACGCUCCCAAGAGUUUGCCAACAUGGAUAACCUCUCAUGGUAUGAGAAGAAUGAGCUUGAGAUCAUCAUGUCUCUGUUGGGUCUUGUGGGUCCGAUGCUCUUUGAGACCAUCGCUGAGCUGGAGGAAUACCAUCCUCGUAUCGCUCUCAAGUGGCAGCUGGGACGUAUAUUUGCUCUCUUCCUUGGAAACCUCUACACAUUCCUGCUGGCUUUGUUCGAUGAGGUCAAUGCUAAACUUGAAGAAGAGGAUUCCAUAAAGAAUGCCAGCAUUUGGUUCAUAAAGGAAUAUUAUGCCAACUUCACCGCCAAUAAUCCAAAUUACACAGGCACUCCACCUCCUAUGGACCCUUCUGAUGUCAUCAGAGGCCCGUGCUGGGAGACCACAGUGGGACUAGAGUUUGUGAAGCUGACCAUAUCAGAUAUACAGGUGACGUAUCUGACCAUCCUGAUCGGUGACUUCCUGAGAGCGCUGAUUGUGCGUUUCCUGAAUUACUGCUGGUGCUGGGACCUGGAGGCUGGCUGGCCUUCCUAUGGUGAAUUUGACAUAAGCGGCAAUGUACUCGGUUUGGUUUUCAACCAAGGAAUGAUCUGGAUGGGGGCGUUCUACGCUCCUGGUCUGGUGGGCAUCAAUGUUCUGCGUCUUCUGUCCUCCAUGUACUACCAGUGCUGGGCUGUAAUGGCCUGUAAUGUCCCUCACGAGAGAGUCUUUAAAGCUUCCAAAUCCAAUAACUUCUACAUGGGCCUGUUACUGCUCAUCCUCUUCCUGAGUCUCCUGCCUGUGGUUUACACCAUCAUGUCUUUACCUCCUUCCUUUGACUGUGGACCCUUCAGUGGCAAGGAAAAAAUGAUUGAUGUUGUCAUGGAAACCAUUGAUUUGGAUUUACCAGCAUUCAUGGGGACGCUCCUUGGCUACGUAGCAAACCCCGGGCUUAUUAUAGCUGCAGUGCUGCUCAUGGUCCUGGCCAUAUACUACCUGAAUGCAGUGUCAGAGGCCUACAAGAACUCCAACAUGGAGCUAAAAAAGAAGAUGCAGAUGGCAAGAGAUGAGGAGAAGAACAGACGAAAUAACAAAGACAGCACUAACCAGGUGAUGAAGGACCUGGAGGAUCUACUUCCCAAUCGCUCUCAAUUCUCCUCUCAGGAGAAUAGCACAGACAAAAAACCUGACCAGGGUGGGAGAUCUCCAAAAGUGAAACCAGGCACAGCUGGAGACGGUGUGCGUCUGCAGAAAGAUGUGUCACUCGCAUCAGCCAAUCCUAAUGGCCGGGGGCCUGUGACUCGUGCGCCAGGCCCAAGGGGACAUGGUCCUCUACCUGGCCAACCAGGGGCCAGCAGGGGCCAAGGGCCUCCCCCUAGACGCCAGUAA